CCGAGAGGUCUCUGGUUUGUGAGUUUUUGGCACUGGUGGAUGUGAUUUCGGAUUAUGGCGUCAUUACAUUAAAGUUCUAUUAGUUGUUUUUCAACUUUCUUGUGUAAACUUUUCUAAAGUGAUAAUAUUUAUUAAGUUUUGUUAGAGAAUUUAAGAUUAUAGAAAAUGGCGUUUAUGAACAGACCGAUGCAGAAAGUAAUUCUCAACAGCUCUACGAAGAUGAGUCUUCACGAACGUUUCACGUACCUUCGGAGUCAGUCGGCGGAGGCUGGAGCCGGGGGCAGCGGAGGCGGACAGAGGCAGACUGUAGCGGCCAUCACCUCCAAGAAUCGACGACUCGCGCAGCAGAUGGAACGCCGUCCCGCGGUCAUGGCUGCUCUCAAGAUCAAAAAGAGGAGCCUGAAACAGCGACUAGGCCAGACAACGAGCUUCGGCAGCAUCAAAGACCGGCUGACGUUGACCAGACGCGGCAGCCUCAGAGGUGGACGCUUGAAUCAGAUAGCCGCCGGCCUGCAGCGGAGGGGACGUACCAGGGGACGAAGGCAAAUUGGAGGUGGAUUAAGUCGCAGUCAAAGCAUGCAGUCGUUGAAUGGCUCGAACACGCAACAGCGCAUGCGUUCCAGAUCGCGUUCGAGGUCUCGCGUGCGUUCGCUUGCGCCCAGCGGAGGCAACAUGCGCCGAGGAGGAGCAGGGGCAGUCGCUUUCAGGAGAGGAGGAGGAGGAGGACCAGGUGCUAAUUGGAUGAGAGAGCGCGUGAAUGUGAGAGGAGGUGGCAUGAGGGGUGGCGGAGGCGGGGGUGGCGGCGUAAGAGGCAUGCGGAGAGGAUUCAGCGCGGGAGGAGGAGCCAACUGGAGAGGACGCUCGUUCCAGGGACAGCGUGGCAGGGGCAAUUUCAGAGGCCGUGGCAGUCGUGGUGGCGCGAGGGGUGGCAGAGGUAACUGGAGGGGAAGGGGUGGAGGCAACCGAGGUACAGUCCCCACCAAGGAGGAACUGGAUAGUCAGCUCGACCAAUACAUGGCAAGCAGCCAAAAUGCAAUGGACUUGGCUUAAUGUUGGACUACUUUCAAAAGUGUGUCUAAGCUCGCUGACUGUUAGCAAAGUGAUAUAGCUCAGUGUAUAUAAAGGACGAAGAAGAAAUUAUUAUUAACAUCGAUUAGUUGUAAGAAAAAUGUUAAAUAGUCACUUAAAAUGCCACUUAAUGCCUCUCCUUUAUGGAUGACGUUUACUCCUCCUUUGAAUUAUUGUAGGAGUAAAUAAUAAAGGGUAGUCAAAAGUUCAAUUUUUUAAAUUUAUUGUUCUUCAUUGAAUUCUUAUUAGAAAAAUAUUUUUUUAAUUUUUCAUUAUAAUCUAGUGUUAUUCCCCUUGAUAUAACGUUGUGUGAACGUUAGUUGAAACAAUUGCUGUACGUUAGUCAAAAUGUCAGGUGUAAAUGAUGAAAAGCAAAGUUUUUCGACAUUUGAAAAUAAAAUUCAUGAAUAAACUUGUAUACUGUAAUUUGGAGUAACUGUUAUAAUAAAAACGGCUUCCCAACGACUAAUACCACAAGUACACUAUUAACUUGAAUAUUUUAGGAACCGACCAUAAAGAGAGCGAUCUGCGAUCCUAAAGGAUCCUAUAGGUAUCUAUAUCCAUAUCUGAGAGAGUGUUCUAAGAUAUAGAUACCUAUAGGAUUCAGAUCGCAGAUAUCUCUGUGUGGCAGGGACUGUACUGUCCAUUGUGAUUAAGUGUUCCAGUUUGAUUCUUUCAUUACUUAUCUUCAAUAUAUAUGUUUUGAAACUUGGUGGGUCAAACGCUAAGAAGGAGCUGAAGCUAGAUUAUUACUGAACCCCAAUUAUCGUGUCUUAAGAGUUGACAAAAAGAACUGACUAUAACUAAUUUUUAAUGACAAAAAAUAUAAAUAGCAAUUUGAUGUAAUUAUCCAGAUUUCCAUUGUUGUAUUUCUAUUCCCGAAAUGUUUGAAGAAACAAAGUCUUUUUCUCUUUUUAACGACUUUCUCGUAAUAUUUGCCUUGAUCUGGAUUUUACUAAUGUGUGCCACUGUUUAUAUAACUGGUAAUGUUUACCUUAUUAUGUGCCACUUUCUAAAAAUGAAUGUCCAGAAUUUACUUAUACUUGAUUCCUUCCUGGUUCCCUUUAUUUAACCAUUCAACCUGUAUUUUGGAGAAAGAGAUCCUGGCUUUCAGGAGUUAUUAAACAGUUCAGAAUUAGUUACAAUUUCUCUUGGGAACAUUUUUUUAUAAUCCAGCUGUCUUUUUCUUUGUAUCCUUUCGGGAUUAGGAAAUUAAUUUCGGCAGAUUUGGGAGAUCCUUGGAUUAACAAGGCACUUUGAGCAUGGCUUCAGUAUGGUCCUCGAACGGACAUACGAUUAACACUCGGGACAUGUUUGAGGCAGGAGACAUUUGCACCUCGGAUUCAAACAUUUAGAUUGAUAUCAAAGAUCCAAUACAAAUUCCAAAAACAUAAAUGCCUCAACAGAGACGUUUGCAGAUAGAACACUGAGAACAAUUGCAUUGUUAAGUAUUUCUGGCCAGUCAUUCAUAGCUCUUUAUCUGUUGUCUCCCACAACUUGAAACACAUCUCGGCUAGAUCCCAUUUAUAUUUCAAUUGGUUCUAUUUUUGAAAUUUAGCUUCAGCUUUUUCUACUAAGUAUCAUCUACCUAUAGCAGCAAAUACAGUAGCAAAUUUAUGCUACACAAAUACAUUUACUCGAUAACAGUAAAGACGAAAUCAACGAAACACUUAGAAGUAAAUUUCAGGCCUCAACAGUAUUACUGGAAAUACUUAUUAGAUAAUAAGUAAUACAGUAUCAUAUUAAUUUUGAUCAUUUAUUUGAAUAAUUAUAAUUUUAACUACUCAACAUUAUUGGUUCUAUCUAAAUCUUCGUAUCUCGAGUAGAUCGUAAAGCUGCACAUUUUCUAUGUAUGUUUUCCUUAUAAGACAGUAUUUUAAAGUUACGUGCUCUCCUCUACUUGAUUCGCAUCAUAAUAGACAGGAGUUUUCAUUCAAUUGGUGUAUCUGGAAUGAUUAAAAUGAUCAACCUUA